CGGGACACCUGCAUUUACUAUUAUUCUACAACCCCUUCCAUCGCAAAUGCACUUCCUUCCUUGACCCUGGCAUGUGGCCAGAUUAUACAAUCCUCUCCUCUUCGUUCCGUCAUAUUACCCACGAUAUCCAAUUAUUGACUUGGACGGUGCCACUUGGAGAACCAACCAAGUCGAACAUCACUUGUUACAACUGUGUCCAGUGCGUGCAUCGAGGACCUUGACAUCUGAAGCACGAUGCGCAUCCGCUUCGCUUUUGCGAUCGCCUUUGUCAUUCUCCUCCUCUUCUCCUCGUCCCUAGGCCUCCUUCCACACUCAUCUCUACCAUCCACCCCGGCCGCCGCACAACCAUACAUUCCUCAACAGUCCGACAAAUUCCUCCACUUCAUCGUCUUCUUUGCCCUAACGGCCACCUUCUACUUCAUCCUUGACACUUCUCGCCGGCGGGUCAUACACAUUACCUUGAUUGUCUGCACAUUAGUGUUAGCUGUCGGCAGUGAAGUUGCACAAGGCCUCCUCCCAAACGACCGAGAAUUCGACCCAUGGGAUGUCCUGGCAAAUGUGCUAGGAAGUCUCGCAGCUUUAGGGCUGUGCAGCGCCUAUCACAAACGAGCAGCUGAAAGACGGCGCAAGGCUAAAUACUCCGUCCUAACCGACGAAGGUGAUCUGGAGCUCGGCGAGGGUGUCAACGGCGAUGUCGCACGACCGGGAGAUGACCCUGACCUGGAGACUGGCGUGACUGCAGCUCCAAGAACCGUCGAGGAAGAACUCGACAAUUGGGACGAGAAUGUACCAGAUGAAGCGUGGGAUGACGACGACAAUACCUCGGCAGAGGCGCGCAAUGUCAAGAUGACUCCUUCAACCAGUUCUGUGGGAGAUGAAGACGCUCCGAAAAAGCUGGCGGUGGAUUAGACUAUAAGCCAGUCUGCGUUGGGAGUGAUUCCCACCACCCUCGACGAAAGUGUAAGAUGUGAUAUUACCGCAACGAGAUCAGAUAAUACCCAGAAUGUACCAUCAGCAAUAGCGACUAUUUGGCGCUUUACAUGCUCAGCCUAGAAAAGUGCUUUUGUGAUGCCUGUAAAGAUGUUGUCUUGUCAUUGCUGAAAUUCAUUCUGCUGCUGGAUAUAAAAGUGUCACGGGCUUGGAGACAGCGCAUGGGGCAUUCAACAUAUGACAGCCCGCAGCAAUGACGCUGGCGCAGGCGAAAGAUGCAAUGUUCCAGGACA